AUGUCAUCACACCAGGCGCUCCAGGGGCACCUGUGGUGUGGCAUCUUCACCGGAGUAACCACACCACAGCGGGAGAGGAGGAAGGUUGCUCCAGUUACCCCGCGGUUGCCCAUACGUCUGCCACCCGCCGUACAGACGCCAUUGCAGCCCCCGCGCCCUCGAUUCGAGUUCCCACCAUCUGUCCAGCGCCACUUGCCCCAAGCAAUCGCAGACAUGGUUAGCGAGAGUUCUGGCGAUGAAGACGGGCAACAGCAACAGCAGCGAGGGCUCUCACCCGCGGACAGGGGUCUGCAGCGUCCGUUGAACGUCCCCGCACCCAUCCCUUUCCCUUUUCCCAGCACACCGGGCGGAUCCCUGGUGCUUGAACCCCCGCCUCCCCCCCCGCCUCCACCCCCACCUCCACCCCCUGCUCAACGACCCCGCCUGCAGACGCGUGCCAGCACAAAGGUUUCCCUUUACCGAAUCCAAAAUCACAAUCAAGUGCAAAGGGAGUGCCUAACAACCUUCAUCGCCGAUGUUCACGUCCUUGCGCGCCACACCACCUUCUUUCUAAAGUACUACCUUGCUGAUCAUCCUCUACACGAUUUCCCGGACAUCACCGACAAGCACAUCAGCGUGAUAUUUGAGCUACUAAACAAUCCGGGCUACAACGGCAAUCCGGUCAUCGCGCAAGAGUUGCGGCCACGGGUUCAAGAGUACUGUAAUGUUCACGGAUUCGCCCCCAUCCGCAUGCGAAAUAGCCAACAGACGGCAGCUUACACAGCUACAAGCAUCUUCACCAACCUCAAAG